CCUGCGUUUCUCCCGCGACAAGUCGACAUGGCGAAAUCGAAGGGCGAGAAGCGUUCCAAGCGCGUCAAGCGCCCCUUCGACGAGGGCGACGACUUUAUUGCACUUGAGACCCCUGCGGAACUGCGACGCGCGAAGAAGCCGAAGCUGCAGAAGCGUGCAGAGGCCAGACUGCCGAAGGAGGAGGAACUGCCGAAGACGCUAUCAGACAACUCGCAGACGAAGAGGGUCACACUGCUUGAUGGUGACGGGUCGGACGAGGAGGACGGCGCAGCGUCCCUCAGGGUCAACGAGGAGUACGCCAGCCGCUUCGAACACAACAAGAAGCGCGAGGAGAAGCAGAGAUUGGAAGAGAAGUACGGCAAAUCGCUCCUGGACGGUGACGACGACUCUGAGGACUCCGAGGAAGGUGUAGACGAGGAUGAUGCCGGCGAGCUUGUAACCGAAGCCCUCGACCAGGACAUCUUUGCCACGCUCCAGGCCCUCCGCUCCAAAGAUCCCCGCAUCUACGAUUCGAACGUCCAGUUCUACCACGAGACAGGAGACAACGAUGCGACUGCCGCAAACGGCCCUGGGAAGGACGAGUCCAUGACUUUGAAGCAAUACCAUACCAAGAAUCUCCUCGAGGGCAAGUUCGCCACUGGAGAAGACGAGGAGGCACCGCCGAAAACAUACGCCCAAGAGCAGGAGGAGGUCAGGCGGAACCUCGUCAAGGAACUCCACGGAGCAGCAGGGUCGGAGGAUGAGGAGGAUGACUUCCUAGUCGCUAAGCCCAGGCCGGCUGUUUCCAAAAAAGAGCGCAUCAAUCUCACAACCGAAGAUGUAGAGAAUGCGGACAGGGACCCCGAGACAUUCUUGUCCAAUUUCAUGGCUACUCGCGCCUGGGUCCCAACUGGCGACUCUCAUUUCCAGCCUCUGGAAUCCGACGACGAAGACGAGGAGGCUGCUGCGGAAGAGUGGGAGAACACCUACAAUCUGUACUUCGAGGACACGACAGGUACCAACGAGAAGCUAGUCACGUAUGCACGUGAUGCGGUAGCCAAGACCACCGUCCGCCGCGACGAAGGGAGCAGUAGGCGCAAGGCCCGCGAAGCUGCAAGAGCAAAGCGUGAAGCAGAGAGGAAGCAGAGAGAGGAAGAGCUUGCACGGCUACGGAAGCUCAAGGUCGAAGAGAUGGAGGAUAAAGUGAAGAAGAUCCGUGAGAUUGGGGGUUUGAAAGGUCGAGAUUUCAACAUAGAGGAGUGGAAGGAUGUCCUUGAGGCGGAUUGGUCAGAUGACCAGUGGGAUCAAGAGAUGCGAAGACGGUUUGGUGAGGCAUACUAUGCCGAGGAUAACGCCAGCUCGGAAAGUGAUCGGGACGGAGACAUCACAGGCAAGAAAAAGAAGAAGCCGAAGAAGCCCAAGUUUGACGACGACAUUGAUAUCAAGGAUUUGAUUCCGGAUUUCGAAGACGAGGAGCAGGAACGACCAGCAUUCACUCUCUCAUCGGAUGAAGAGGAGGCCAAUACCGAAGCGGAGGACGGCUUUGAGCAAUCCAACAAGUCGUCCAAGCAGCGGAAGCAAGAACGUGCCGAGGCAAAAAGCGCCACCCGCCGCGACCGCCGACUCAUCGAACACCUCGUAGACGAUAGCCUGCAGUACGAAGCCGCCCUCGCGUCCUCCAAGUCCAAAGCAUCGGCUCGCUUCCGCUAUCGGGAGACCUCACCCACGGCUUUCGGUAUGACUCCUCGUGACAUCCUGCUUGCCAGUGACCAACAGCUCAAUGAGUUCGCCGGCCUCAAGAAGCUUGCUGCGUUCCGUGACCCGGCGAAGAAGAAGAAAGAUAAGAAGCAGUUGAGCAAGAAGGCGAGGCUGAGGCAGUGGCGGAUGGAGACCUUCGGCGACGCGGAAGGGCCAAAGGGAGGUUUCGAGCUGCUCUUUGAUGAUGACGCCGAUCCUGCGAAUGGGGCCACUAGAGCUAGCGCCCCGGAAGUUAGUGUCAACAUUCGGGAAGGCGAGGGUAAAAAGAAGAGGCGGAGUAGGAAAAAGAAGGCAGCUGCUGGCGAAGCAUAGUUGAUUGAUUCCGGGAGUAUUAAAUCAUCG